AUGUUCGAGCUUCGCGGAACCGCUUUGAUUGCGGUCAUUCUGAUUGCGAGUGGGCUGGACUUCUUGCUCUUUGGCUAUGAUCAAGGACUCUUCGGUGGCAUCCUGGGCGGCCACAGAUUCAAGACAAUGCUCGGCGACCCAUCACCAACCAUGACCGGUUUGGUGACAGGAGUCUACGACAUCGGGUGUGCACUCGGAGCAGUAGCAGCAUUCAUCUGGGGAGAGCAACUCGGCCGCAAGCGAUCGAUCAUCCUCGCCAACAUCAUCGUCAUCGUCGGAGCCGCAGUGCAGACCGCAUGUUACUCAUACGGCCAAAUGAUCGGCGGCAGAAUCAUUGGUGGAAUUGGUGUUGGACUCUCCACUGUGGCAGUGCCAAUCUUGCAAUCCGAGACCCUGCCAUCACACAACCGUGGCGCUCUCCUGGUCGUCCAGUCCGCUCUGAUCAUUAUCGGUGUUGCCAUCGCAUCGUGGCUCUGCUUCGCAACCCUCUACGCUCAAUCCAGCUUGCAAUGGCGAUUCCCCAUUGCCUGCCAGAUCCUCUUCUCCCUGCUCGUUCUCGGCUGCUGUCCAUUCCUGCCAGAGACCCCACGUUGGUUGGCCAAGCACGGCAAGAUUGAGGAGGCUCGCCAUACCAUCUCCCGUCUUCUCAACAAGCCAGAGGACGACCCAGAGGUCAAGGGCCAGCUUAAUGAGAUCCUUGAGGCCAUAAACGCCGAGAACGAGGACGGCGAGCCGUCUUGGGCGGAGACUUUCAGCAAUGCCACCAAGUCUCGCAACCUUCACCGUGUCCUGCUCGGUAUGGGUCCGUACAUGAUGAACCAGUGGUCCGGAAUCAACGCCCUCUGCUACUAUCUCGCCUACAUCCUACAGACAUACCUCAAUUUCUCCACCAGCAUGUCCCUCAUCCUCACCUCCGCCGCCUUCACCCAAUACGCUAUCUUCUCCUGGCCGCCAUACUUCUACAUCGACAAGAUUGGUCGUCGCUGGACCGUCAUUUGGUCCUCGAUUGGCUGCGCCAUCUGUAUGGCGGUCAUUGCUGGCUGCUUGAUCUCCCAGACCUACGCCACCGCUUCUGCCGCUGUCGCUUUCAUGUUCAUUUACCUUGACGCCUUUACACUCGGCAUCCUCCCAGUGUCCUGGUCCUACUCCGCCGAAAUCCAGCCCCUCCGCGUCCGCAACAAGUCCACAGCCGUCGGCGUCUUCUCGCACUGGAUGUCCAACUUCGUCGUGGUCAUGGUAACCCCCAUUGGCCUCUCCUCCAUCGGCGGGAACUACUUCUGGAUCUGGGCCAUCGUCUGCGCAUCCUUCGUGCCCCUGACAUACUUCUUCGGUGUGGAAACGUCCGGGCGUACUCUUGAGCAGAUCGACACGAUGUUUAUCGACGGCCCGAGAGUCUGCAUGGGGCUUGAUAAGAACCAUACAAAGGUCAUUCGUGCUACGGCGGCAGAUGAGGAGAAUCGGUAUAGGGCGUUUGCGAAGUUGGAUGAGAAGGACUCUGCUUCGCAGGUGGAGGUGGUUGAGACGACUGCGAAGAUUUGA